AUAUGAGCCGGUGUUGUCACACGCAACUGUUAAGAACGACCAUAUUUCGUUAAACAUAACACAAAAAAAGAUUGAUUUUCAAUAAGUGGAUGAUUGAUCAUUGAUGUGAAGGUGAAAAUGGAUGACACUGAAGAUUCCGAGACAUACACAAUUUAUUUGCGUAUCAAUGACGAGCCUUUCUUCGCCAAAACUGGACUAUCAAAAUUGAAAUAUCUCCAAUUCAAGUGUGAUGAUGAGUGGACGUGGGACUUUAUUCAAUCGAUCUAUGGUCCAGGUGGGGUAAAGUGGAAGCCAACCAGAAAAACUAUUGAUUGUUUGUAUCGAUCAAGUGAUAAAGUUGAGUUUACACCAGUCGAAAGACUAAUACCAAGGCCAUCUGGACCUUUACGUCAUCAUGGCAGUUAUUCUGACACGGACUCAGUGACACUUUACUGCAACUCCAACCCUCAAUCUCCAGAUGAUGACGCAAUGACCAAGGAAAAUUCGCCUAUAAAAAAUAAUAGGAGAAAUAUUAACGAAGCUGUGUCAACUCCUCCCACUGAAGAUUCUGCAAUGAACAAAAAGUUAUCGCUUGAAGACAAUUCAUCGAGGACAAAGAAAAGUUCCGUAUGGGUUUAUUUUGAAAAUAAGGAUGCUACACAUGCCAUUUGCACCAUUUGCCACACAAGUGUAAAGCAUUCUGGAAGAACAUCCAAUUUACAGGCCCAUUUGGACCGAAAGCAUCAAUUGCUAUGUGUAGGAACUAGAAAAAGGAAAAAUACUGCAUCUGAGUCCAGCGGUGAAUCGACAAAUGGUGAUGAACUAUAAGUAAAGAGCAAGAAAUUCAUGUCAAAGAAUAGAUUGCCGCGAAUUGAUGAAGCCUUUGAAAAGAUCAAUUCUUUCGCUAAGGGCGGAGCAAAGGCGGACCAAAUCACGAAUGCGUUGAUAUACAUGAUUACUAAAGACAAAGAGCCUCUGAACAUAGUUAACAAGAAAGGUUUCCAGAAUUUGAUGAAAGUUAUUGCUCCUCACUACACAUUACCGUCUCGAAAGACUGUAACCAAAUUAGUGACGUCUCGAUAUACCAAGAUGAAAGAAUCGUACAGCUCAAAUCUACAGAAAGCUGUAUCUUACACUCUAACAUGUGACAAUUGGACUGACUGCACUUUCCAGAGCUACUUAGGUGUCAGCAUUCACUACUUGUCUGAAGAUCUUCAGAUGAAGAAUGGAAUUUUGGGAGUCUUUCCACUCGACAAAAAUCAUACCGCAGUAUAUCUCAAGGACUCUCUUACGUCUGUGAUAACUGAUUUCGGCUUGGAUAAAUCAAAAAUCAUGGCAAUCACCAGCGAUGGAGCAUCGAAUAUAAGAGCUGCUACAGAGAGUUUGGUCGGUACAGAGAGACAGAUCUGGUGUUUCGCACAUUUUAUAUCACAUAUGGUACCUAAAAUAUUGAAUGAGAUGACAGAACUCACUAAAAUGAUUGAUAUUGCUCGAGAAAUUAUUAAAAUUAUUAGAAGUGUUGUAGCCUGCGACGAGUUGAAAAAAUUACAAGUCGCCGAUGGGAAAACUGAGGGAACUACGCUCAAAUUCCUGCUUGAUGUUCCUACAAGAUGGAACUCCGAAUUUUAUAUGUUAGAGAGGUUCCUUCAGCUAGAAGAGUACAUCCCUGGGAUCAUGAGAAAAUGCAGGAAAACAAAAUUCCCAGAUCUGCUCACCUGUGACCAACUCGAAGUUCUUAGUGAGAUUGUGGACCUCAUGAGGCCAGUGGAAAUGGUCAUCAGAGAGAUCAGUGGCAGUGAAUAUGCCACUGCUAGUGUCAUCAUCCCAAUUAUUUCCUGUCUAAAGAAAACAUUGAUGGCCAUGGAGCCUGGCAAGGACGCAGCAAUUAAUUUCAAAACCAAAUUGAUUGACAAAAUCAACGAACAAUUCGCUGGCAUUGAAAAGCAUAAAAUACUGGCCGUUUCCACCAUCCUCGAUCCCAGAUUCAAAAGACUUCACUUCGAGAAUGUCUGUUAUGCCGCAAACGCUUGCCCUCACAUUGACAGAGAAAUCAAAUCUUUGGGCGUGAAAGUAAUUGAAGAGAGGAAGUUAAUUCAACAAAAGCAUGCGGAUCCCUGUAGAAUGAGUCUUUGGAAAGCUCAUGACGAUUUAGUAGCGAAAGCUGUUGAUGAGAAUGCUGAUGACGAAACUCUAGUCUCUGAAUUGAGACAAUAUUUGAAAAAAACCCCAAUUCCUCGCCAUGAAGAUCCAUUUAAAUAUUGGAAAUCACUUCAGCAUUCAUUCCCAACACUGUACGAAUUGGCCAUUCGAUACGUUAGUAUCAUCAGUACUUCUGUACCAUCAGAAAGGAUCUUUUCAGAAGCUGGUCACACUAAGACAUUAGACAGAAAUCGACUUACUGGUGAGCAUCUGAAUGAACUCGUAUUUCUUGGGGCUCUUCCAGACAAAGAGUGGAGCUUGGAAUGAGGCUUCUCAUAAAUGUUGAUAUUUCUUUAUAUUUUUGUUAUUUAUCGUUUGGAUUCUAUUUGUGAUACUUGUUUAUACUUAUGGAGCUAGUCUCGUGUUCUUUCUAUGUUCAUUCUAUGUUUAUAUGAGGUUAAUUGAUUUGUGUUGUCAGAACCCACUUAAAAUUGUAUGCAUUCAUGUUAUAUGAAUACAUGAUGAUUUGAUAUUUCUCGACAAUUAAUACAGUUUGAUUCUGGU